UACUAGUUUUGAUAAUGAUUCUCAACACGAGCUAAAAUUCGUCUGUGAAAGUUAAUAUAAUUAUAGAAAAUCAUAUACCCUUUAUCUGAUCUAGGUAAUAUUUUUCAUAAGCUAUGAAUCCGUUUGAAAAUUUAAAAAUAUCAAAUCAAUGGAGAGAUCUAUUUCAUAUUGAUAACCGUCAACCUUGUACAAAUUGCUCAAAAUCUAGAAAAUAUUUUUGUUAUACUUGCUACACUAUAAAUUCAGAUUUAGAAAAUAUAAUUCCAAGGCUCAAGCUACCAUUGAAAAUUGAUAUUAUAAAACACAGCCGAGAAAUACCAGGUAAAAGUACAGCAAUUCAUGCAGCAUUAUUGGCUCCAGAAGAUGUAGCCAUUUAUAUUUAUCCAGAUAUGCCCACUUAUACAAAAAAUGAUAAAGUAAUCCUGGUUUACCCUGGAAAAUCUUCUAUUAGUCUUCAAGAAUUCUACAAUAAAGCCAAAAAACAAAAAAAACUGAAUAAUGAUGAUUUUGAUGAUAGUUUUUCUGAGAUUAUUACUCAUGCUCUGUUUAUUGAUAGCACUUGGAGUCAAAGUAAAGGAAUUUUAAAAGAUCCUAAACUAUCAGGUUUACCAUGUAUAAAAUUACAAAUAAGAUUGUCUCAAUUUUGGAGACAUCAAAAAGGAAGUCCUAGAUGGUUUUUAGCUACUAUUGAAGCUAUUCAUCAACUAUUAAUUGAAUACACUUUAGUCGAAAAUCAAACACAUUUAUUAAAUAAUUAUGAUAAUAUAUUAUUUUUUUUUCGAUUUAUGUAUGAAAAAAUUCAUCAGUUAUAUGAACAUGAAAAACUUAUGUCAUACAGACGACCUGUAAAUAUAUAGUAAAAUAUAUUUAUU